AUGACAACAUCCGCACCUUCGCUUCCCGCAACUGCCAAGUCCUUACAAUGGACCACGGUUGGUAAACCAGCCGAUGUCCUCUCUCUCAACGAAGCGACACCUCUUCCUACGGUCACUGGUUCCAAUGUCCUUGUCAAGGUCCAUGCCGCUGCCGUAAAUCCGGUUGAUUGGAAACUCAUGAAAGGAGGCGUUCCUCGCUUUCUUAUGCCUUCCAUCAAAGUGCCUGGGGUGGAUAUUGCUGGUACAGUUGUCGCCGUAGGUCCUAAGGCUGGCAAGAGAGUCCAGAUUGGCGACCAAGUCAUGGUCUUGUUGAGCCUUUUCCAAUCGGGUGGUUUGGCAGAGUACACGCUUGUGGAUGAAUCUCUCGUGGCCAAGAAGCCAGAACGGUGGUCAUUUGAACAAGCUGCCUCGAUUCCCUUGGCGACAAUGACCGCUUGGCAGGCAUUGGUGGAUUAUGGACAGCUCAAGAAAGGAGACAAAGUCCUCAUCAAUGGCGCCAGUGGCGGUACAGGAACGGUUGCUGUGCAGCUAGCCAAGGCUCUAGGAGCAUAUGUCGUCGGUGUUUGUUCAGGCAGCAACGCUCAGAUGGUCAAGGACCUUGGAGCGGAUGAAAUUGUUGACUACAGGACAACCGAUGUCACAGAAAAGUUUACAAACCAAGACUUUGACAUCGUCUUCGAUGCAGCUACUACUGGAGACCAGUUCUGGGCAAAGAGGCAUACACUUAUCAAGCCAAGUGGUAACCUGGUCCUGAUUGUUCCAAAAGACAAUGUUACAAACACGCCCUUCCAUAUGCUCUACGCGGGUGCCUGCGUCGCAAGCAAGAAGGCCACCACCUUUUUGCAAAGGGGCCCAGGAUACCAUCUUAUCCUGACGGAACGAGAUGGUGUAGAGCUGGAAGAAGCCGCCAAGGUCCUUGAAUGCGCAAAAGCUGAUCCAACCAUCGACUCGGUUUACGAGUUUACACUUCCAUCUGUACUCGCAGCUUUUGAGAAGAGUAUAUCUGGACGGGCGAAAGGAAAGAUUAUCGUCAAGAUCCAUUGA